AAACGUACCUGUUGGCUUUUGUUGAUUAAAACAGCAAAUUUUCCCAAAUUUCCACACCAGCGAUGUGAAAUUUCUGGACCGUACGGCCAAGAAACGUCAGAAUCAGCUGUUUGUAAACAAACGAACCCUUUCAUAAAGCAAGCUGCCCAGUUUGGCAAGGCUAAAUGCUCCAAGUGAUCAAAGCAGUUAUUGGAAGACCGUGUAAAUAUACAGCCUGGCAGACAACCGGAACGUUUAGUAGCAUGUCCAAAAAAUCCAACAAAACAGCUGGCGGCAAACAUUCUAAAGCGGAAAAAAAUGAGACAAACUGCACGCAGGCUCCGAUUGGUCCUGUGCUGGUAGAUGCAAAGACUGGAAACUUGAUAGUUAAGAUAUUGGCCAAACCGGGAGCAAAAACGAGCGGAAUUACUGAUGUUAAUGAGGAAGGAGUUGGAUGCCAAAUAGGCGCUCCUCCAAUCGAUGGUGAAGCCAACACGGAAUUGAUUAAAUAUCUUUCAAAACUGCUUGAUCUACGCAAGAGCGACAUAAGUCUCGAUCGUGGAUCCAAAUCACGCCAGAAGACGAUCGUGCAAGAUAAAGCUGGUUGUCGGCAUAGCCCGGAACAGUUAAUUGCUAUAUUUCGCAACGAAGCGUCCGCCGGAAUGUAGCCAAUCACGGCAGCUCAUCACAAUACAGUGUGGGUUUACAUUCAUAAUCGCAAUGUGUAGAAAUGUAGUUCUGAUACUGAUUUCGGAUAAUGAAGAUUUCGAACCAAAAGCAGAGCGGACAAUAGAGAAAUAGGACAUCUACAAACGAUUUUCGUAAUUUAUGGAUAUUACGUACAAAUAUGUUUUAAGCUACUUGGGAUAGGAUUUAAGACCAUGGUAGCUAAGCUAUAAGCAGAAUGUAAGACGAAAAAAAAAAAUAUCUGUAAUAUAUUUAUUUCUUAAACUUUGAUCUCAUUUCGCUAUUGAACAUCAUACAAUGCAUCAGGGACGUGUGUGCCUGUAUCGCUCUGUCCGCAUCACGUAUGCCACGUGAAAUCUUUUGACGAAACUUCACAACUCCAAUAAACAAGCGAGUCCCGAAUGAGAAUAUAAAUUGUUGUGUGAUAAACAGAUAAAAACAAUUUCCUUGUGGUUAAAUAAGACUACUUCCUAUACCCUUGCCCGGGAUAUAAUGCAAGUAGUGGUGCUUCAUUUACUAUAUGCAUUAAAAAUGGAAACGGACAGUGGAGUGGCAAUACCUAAACAAAAAAAAACACAAACAGUGGAAUUAAAAUUGAACAACAAUCGUUAGCCUUUACGAACUUUACACACUAGAAUAUUUCGUGGCCAGCGUUUUAAACAAUACAACGUUACGCUAAUUGCAACAGAACGAAAGGAUUUUUCCGACUUGACACCAAUAAAUAACUUGGGUAUUGUUUGAAACACUGAAGCUCUGCUGGAAGAUAGGAGUAAUAUAGUGCUCACUUAAAAAAUGCGUUUCUAUUCGUUGCAAGUCGGAA